AUGGAGAUCGAAUGGAUCCGUUUCUAUCAAAUUUCGAGUAGUACGACUGUAAGACCGCCGCCAGACAUCACUCAGAGAGUUAUUGCACUUCGCUCAAAUGCCAACGGGAAGUUUAUAUGUGCCGACAAUGCUGGAAAUAGUCCCUUAAUUGCUAAUCGUGAUGCUCCAUCUACUUGGGAAACAUUCGAUCUUAUCACUCUAAAUGGAGAUAAUGUUGCUCUCAAGUCACAUGCCAAUGGACAAUAUGUUUGCGCUGAAAAUGCAGGAAACAGUUCUUUGAUAGCCAAUCGCACUUCAAUUAGUUCUUGGGAAACUUUUCGAAUCGUUGAUCAUGGUAAUGGAAAGGUAGCUUUUAUUGCAGUUAAUGGAAAAUACGUCUGUGCUGACAACUUCGGAAAUAGCGAAUUAGCCGCUAAUCGAACUACCGUUGACAGCUGGGAGACUUUUGACUUAGUUCCUCAGUGA